AAUUUCACACAGUUGAGAGGUUUCCGAGUGUCCCUGAACACACCAUACAUGGGUGCGUGCUCACUUAUUUAUUUUGCCGUUAGUUUCGCUCCUCGCCUUCACAUCACACGCAGAUCAGCGGGACUUAAAAACAUCAGAGGAAGAGAUGGCUGAGAAUGAUGUUGACAAUGAGCUUCUGGACUACGAGGAGGAUGAUGAGCCUCAGGGAGCACCUGAGAGUGGGACCCCAGCAAAUAAGAAGGAUGUGAAAGGGUCCUAUGUAUCUAUCCACAGCUCUGGCUUCAGAGAUUUUCUCCUCAAACCAGAGCUGCUUCGAGCCAUUGUCGACUGUGGUUUUGAGCAUCCCUCUGAAGUUCAACAUGAGUGUAUUCCUCAAGCCAUUUUGGGAAUGGACAUCCUGUGUCAGGCCAAGUCUGGUAUGGGGAAGACAGCAGUGUUUGUACUGGCCACACUGCAGCAGAUAGAACCUGUGGAUGGUCAGGUGUCCGUCCUUGUGAUGUGCCAUACACGAGAGUUGGCCUUCCAGAUCAGCAAGGAGUACGAACGCUUCUCAAAGUACAUGCCCACUGUCAAGGUGUCUGUGUUCUUCGGUGGCCUGGCUAUUAAAAAUGAUGAGGAUGUCCUGAAGAAGAACUGUCCUCACAUCGUCGUGGGAACCCCAGGGCGUACCCUAGCCCUCAUCCGCAACAAGACCCUCAGUGUGAAGAACAUAAAACACUUUGUGCUUGAUGAGUGUGAUAAGAUGCUGGAGCAGCUGGAUAUGAGGCGCGACGUCCAGGAAAUUUUCAGGCUGACACCUCACGAGAAGCAAGUUAUGAUGUUCAGUGCAACUCUCAGCAAGGAGAUUCGCCCCGUCUGCCGCAAAUUUAUGCAGGAUCCAAUGGAAGUUUUUGUAGAUGAUGAGACCAAGCUGACACUUCACGGCUUACAGCAGUAUUAUUGCAAGCUGAGAGACAGCGAGAAGAACCGAAAGCUGUUUGACCUACUUGAUGUGCUCGAGUUCAACCAGGUGGUGAUCUUUGUAAAGUCUGUGCAUCGCUGUGUGGCUCUGUCACAGCUGCUGGUGGAGCAGAAUUUCCCUGCCAUUGCCAUCCACAGGGGAAUGUCACAGGAGGCAAGGUUAUCCCGGUAUCAGCAGUUUAAAGACUUCCAGCGAAGGAUCUUGGUUGCAACUAACCUGUUUGGCCGAGGCAUGGACAUCGAGCGAGUCAACAUUGUCUUUAACUAUGACAUGCCAGAGGACUCUGACACUUACCUACACAGGGUGGCUCGUGCUGGCAGGUUUGGGACCAAAGGUCUGGCCAUCACCUUUGUGUCGGAUGAGACUGAUGCUAAGACACUGAAUGAGGUCCAAGACCGCUUUGAGGUCAAUGUUGCAGAGCUACCGGAGGAGAUUGAUAUUUCUUCUUACAUUGAACAGUCGAGAUGAGUCUGACCGAUGAAGAAUGGAGACAAAAAAAUUAAGCUCAAUAUUUUAUUUCAAAGUUCCCCUCCCUCCAUAUUUGUUUGCAAGGAUAAAUCAUUUAUUUUUUACAUUUUUGCAGGCGCUUGUUUUAGUGUUUUUUGCGUGUUAAAAACCAUGGCUAUUGUUUUGUUAAGAAAAAUAAAUUUUUAUACCUCA